UUGAAAAUAAAACUUCUCCUCACCACCCUCCUUCCUCUCUUUUUUUUUUGGUCAAGUCUGAAACUUCAUUCCAAGCCGAAAAAUCGGCAGAAGAGCUUACAAUAAAGGAAAGAAAGCAAAACUAAAAGCCUUUCAACUGAAUCCAUACAACCCAACAAAGAAAAACUUUCAACCCAAAACAAAAAUAAACUUAAGGAGGACAUGGGAGUCCAUCCGAGACUAGAACUUGCACCAGAGACAAUGGUGGUCUUGAGACCCAGCUUUCCAGCUCCAUAGCUCUAACUCCAAUCAUGGCUGCUUCAUGAGCCGUCCGAUUUAAAUCUCUAUGCACCCAACUCCAUUGAACCUUAUGAUAGACCCACAGAUUCUGUGAAGCUCCUCAAGAAGGGGCAUAAUGGACCACACUUUGUUUCUAAAGUCACCAUUUAUCCCAUUGAUAAGCAAUUUUGAGUCAGUUUCCAUAAUGACAUCUCUAAAGCCAAGGUUAGCUGACAAAGCAAGCCUUUUAAUUGCUGAAUGAGCUUCCGCAGCUAGUGCUGAAUUACAGCAAAUAGGACCAGCUAAACCCCCAACAAAUUGACCAUCAGAAUUUCUAAACACACACCUAUCUGCACCCUCCUAAACCCUAAACCCUUCCCCUAUGCACCCUCCUAAAAAUUCUCAACACACACACCUUUAUCCUAACACCUCCUUCCCACACACCCUCCCUUUCGUUACCCCCAAAUCAGAUGUCAUUGUAAGAUAAUUUAUUAUCCCAAUCCUUUCAGAAUUGGUCUUCUAUUCAUUAUCGGAUUGCAAGACUCAAGACUAAUCAAGAGCUCAACACAACUCUCGACCUGCAGCCUCUGUGUCAGUGUCCCAUAUGGAUUACAAAGCUAAAGGGGUUUCUAGUUCUAUGAGAAUUAGGAUUAAAAGUUCUAUAGCAAUAAGGAUACCUCAAGGAGUCUCUUGAUGGGCAAGACUCCUUGAGUGAUGCAUAUAAAUAGAACAGCUCCCUCUAAGAGCCGAUACACACAAAAAUCUCAUCAAGUGAUUCACCCCAUCUGGAAUCUGAGAAUAAGGCAAUCGGUGAUCUUAGAGAAGAGCUGUCUCCCAGGUGUUUGACAAAAGGCUUCAAUGGCAGAACAAGUUAAUCACAACUCGAUUGAAACUCUCAUUGGCUCCAACUACACCAAAUGGAGGGAAGAUGUGGAAAUUGCUCUAGGAUUGCUGGAUUAUGAGAUGGUCAUUGAAGAAGAAGCUCCUGCAGAACCUGCUGCUACUGCAUCUGCUGAAGCAAAAGCAAAAUAUGCAAAAUGGAUUAAAGCCAACAAGAUGGCUAUUCUAAUCAUGAGGAGAUCAAUUUCACCAUCUGUCAGAGGAAGCAUCACACCAUCUGAUAAUGCCAAGAAGUUCAUUGAUUCUAUUGCGGAAAAAUUUCAGGAAUCCAAGAAAGCUGAAAUUGGUACUCUGAUGGCACAACUUACUGAUGCAAAAUACAAUGGGGAGAAGUGUGUAAGAACACACAUAUUGAAUAUGCUGGAAAUUGGGAACAAGCUGCAAGCACUCAAAGUCAAUGUGGAUGAAAAUAUGAUGGUACACUUUGCAAUAAAUUCUCUACCAAGCACUUUCAAGCACCUUAGAAGCACCUAUGUAGCACAGAAGGAAAUAUGGACAGUAACUGACCUCAUAGGCAUCUGUGUGCAGGAAGAACAAAAUAUGAAGAAAGAUAAGGCUGAAGAAAGAGUUAACAUGGUUCACAACUUCAAACCCAAAAAGGAUUUUGGAAAGGGUAAAAUUGCUUGGAAGAAAAACAAGGAAGAAAAGGGAAGUAAGGGGCUAGAACCAGAAGGUUUCAAGUGUUACUUCUGCAAGAAUUUGGUCAUAUGAAGAGGAAUUGUGACAGAUACAAACGCUGGCUAGAUAAACAGAAGGCUAAAGGGGUUCAAAACAAAGAGGUUGCCAAGCAAGGCUGAGAUGAAGGUGUUCGUGGGAAAUGGAGAAAGAGUCAAGGUGGAGUACAUUGGAUUAGCUAAGAUCGUUUUGGAGUCUGGUUUUAUUUUGGAGUUAGUAGAUGUAGUUUAUAUUCCUUCUAUGAAAAGGAAUCUUAUUUCAGUUAGUAAGCUUGUAAAAUCAAACUUACAGUUUGAGUUUGAUGAGUCUGGAUUCUCCAUUUUCAAAAAUAAAGUUAUGAUCGGUAAUGGUUUUCUAGA